AUGGCAUCAAUCAUCAUUGGUUCACAAUGGGGUGACGAGGGCAAGGGAAAGCUCGUCGACAUCCUCUCGCAGGACUAUGACAUUGUCGCUCGUUGCCAAGGUGGUGCCAACGCUGGUCACACCAUUGUCGUCGACGGCAAGAAGAUCGCUCUGCAUCUCAUCCCAUCGGGUAUCCUCAACGAGCGCGCCACCUGCGUGCUUGGCAACGGACUCGUCAUUCACUUGCCCACCUUUUUCAAGGAGGUCGAGGGUCUGAAGCAGAAGGGCAUCAAAUACGAGAACAGACUCUUUGUCUCUGAUCGUGCUCAUCUUGUCUUUGACGUUCAUCAAAUCUGUGACCAGUUGAAGGAGGCUGAGCUCUCCAACGGUGCCUCAAACGACAGUAUUGGCACUACCAAGAAGGGAAUUGGUCCGGCGUACAGCAGCAAGGCCUCUCGUGGUGGCCUGAGAGUCUGUGAUCUCUUCCACUUUGAUAUCUUCAAGAAGAACCUCACCAGACUGGUUGAGAACAAGAGAAAGAGAUUCGGAAACUUCGAGUACAAUAUAGAGGAGGAGCUGAAGAGAUACGAGGGCUAUGCUGAGCAGAUUCGCCCAUUCGUCAUCGAUUCGGUCUACUUCAUGAACCAGGCCUUCAAGGAUGGCAAGAAGGUCUUGAUCGAGGGUGCUCAAUCCACUAUGCUGGAUCUGGACUUUGGCACCUACCCAUACGUGACUUCGUCCGCCUCCUCCGUCGGAGGUGCCUGCACCGGUCUGGGUAUCGCACCCAACAAGAUCGUCAACCAGAUUGGAGUGGUCAAGGCUUACACUACCCGUGUCGGCGCCGGCCCAUUCCCAACUGAGCUGCACGGAGAUGAAGCCGAGGCUCUGAGAAAGGAAGGAGGCGAGUACGGUACCACCACCGGUCGUCCAAGACGUAUUGGUUGGUUGGACGUUGUUGUCCUGCGUUACACUGGCCUCAUCAACGACUUCACCGAGCUCAACUUGACCAAGUUGGACGUCCUCAGCAACACUCCAGAGAUCAAGAUCGGUGUUGACUACAAGUACAACGGAGAGGUUCUGAAAUCUUUCCCAGCCUCAUUGGAGGUCCUUGCUCAGUGUGAGGUCGUCUAUGAGACGUUCAAGGGUUGGAACACCAACCUCGCCAACUGCAAGUCCUUUGACGAGCUGCCAGUUGAGGCCAAGGUCUACAUCAACCGUAUUGAGGAGUUGACCGGAAGGAGAGUCAAGUGGAUCGGUGUCGGACAGGACAGAUCAUCCAUGAUCAUCAAGCCAUAA